AUGUCUCUACUGCUAUCUACUAACCAAACACAUGCCAUUCCUUUCAAUUUUGAGAGUAAGAGGUUUCCUUCAUCGCCCUAUCCAUUGAAUUUUGAAAAUCGAAUCAAUCGGCAACAUUUCAAAUCAUUUUUGCAAAAUUGUUCUAAAAUUGUGAGGAAGUGUGUGAGAAAUGUUGAUGCUUCCGAUAGAUUGAUGAAAUAUACGGCAUUUAUAUAUGCUGUGAUUAUGGUUGUGGUUACAAUUAUUUCAAUUAUUGCAAUUAUAUUACUUUCCCGAUAUGUUAAUGUUAUUUAUCCAAUUUUGGUAUGUGUUGUGGUGAUCACAGUUCCAACAAUUGGAUUUGGAUUCACAAUUUAUCAAAGAGGAAAGAAAAUUAAGGAAUUCCACUCUAAUUGUCAAAUUACUUUGGAAAAUUAUGUAUUGGAAGAAAAUCAAAAAACUAUUAGAAUUGGAAUUCAAUGGUUUGCCAAAUAUGAUUCGGAUUUUAUUAAUUUACUUUCGUUAAAAUUUGCUCCUACAAGAUAUUUGACCAAACUUCCAAGAAUUGAGGUUUCAGAUAGAGAGCUACAAUUUUCAUUUGAAAUAAAUCCUGAGGAAGAGGAACCUAUCAAUGAGGAAGAUGAUGAUAACCUUGUUGAUAAUGAUAACAUUCGUUUGAUCAAUCAAGAUGAAAAUGAAUAUUAA